CCUCCAAGACGCUCAGUCGUGAACACGCGACAUAUCACGCUGUUAAACAUCAAAUGUCGGUGUUUUACGAGAAGACAAAACAGUUGAGUUAACGCUAAACACCCCCCAGACGCGAAUGUUGGUUUAGUCCGUAGUAGGUGGGACUGGCGAGCGGUCUGCACCAGGACGUCGUAGAUCAAUGAACCGAACCGGAGGCUCGCUCGAUACGCUGGCGUACAACAAACUGAGCUAACUGGAUAAAUGUGUCACUACCAAAGCAAAAGAGAGGGCACACACGCUUUGUUCAACUUAACCAACCCGAUCAGUAUGCCGAUGUUUUAACCAAACGGGUUAUUUUCGAUACUUACUCAUCACCUCCGACCAUUGCAUUGGUUCUGCGAUUUUUUUUAAAUUUUGUUUUUGUAAAGAGGGGAGAUCUUUACAGAACAUCGAAUAUCUCUAACCUGCAGGAUGAUUUUUGCUAACACAGGCAACCCACUGAAAGCUGCCACUCGCAAGCAGUCGUACCCCAUGACUCCGUCCAGUCCCAGCAGCAGCAGCAACAGCAGCAGCACGGGCCUGGAGCAGCUCAGUAAGACCAAUCUGUACAUCCGAGGCCUCCCUCCUGCCACCACUGACCUGGAUCUGGUCAAACUUUGUCACCAGUAUGGCAAGAUUCAGUCGGCAAAGGCAAUCCUGGACAAGACAACCAAUAAAUGCAAAGGUUAUGGCUUUGUGGACUUUGACAGCCCAGCGGCUGCUUUGAAAGCCGUGCACGCUCUGAAAACCAGCGGCAUUCAAGCCCAGAUGGCCAAGCAGCAACAGGAGCAAGAUCCCACAAAUCUAUAUAUUUCCAACCUGCCUCUGUCUGUGGAUGAGAAAGAGCUGGAGAACAUACUGCAGCCUUUCGGCCAAGUCGUUUCCACACGUAUCCUCCGUGACUACGGUGGCAACAGCCGGGGCGUGGGCUUUGCCAGGAUGGACACCACGGAGCAGUGCAACGCUGUGAUCUCACACUUCAACGGGAAAUUUAUCAAGAUCGCCUCCGGAGCGCUGGCUCCCUCUCAGCCCUUGUUGUGUAAGUUUGCAGAUAGUCAAAGGAAGAAACACGCUCACGGUGGAUUUGUUCCCAAUGGACAGACAGGCGAUCUCAGACUAGGCGCUAUGACUCUUACCUAUGAUCCCUCCUCAGCAGCGAUGCAGAAUGGGUACUAUCCAUCUCCAUAUCCAGUGACCAACAGGAUAAUGACCGUGCAGCCAGCAAUGUCCCCCUACAUGUCUCCCGUCUCUGCUUACCAGGUCCAAAGUCACUCCUGGGUGGCACAUCAGCCGUACAUCAUGCAGCACCCGGCCCCGGUGAUGUCUCCCUCUGUGGAUCCAUCCAUGUCACUGCACCCCUCUACUAUGAUUACUCAGCAAAUGGGUCAGCUGUCUCUAGGAAACACUGGAGCAUAUAUCGCAGCCAACCCGGGGGUGCAAGGUGCUUACAUGCCGCAGUAUCCUCCUCUGCCAGCAGCAGCGGAAAGCGGCACGCCACAACAAGUGGAUUCGUCCAACAACUCGUCUCCUUACAGUCAACUCAGCAAGUAACCACAGGCUCAGCAAUCACUCAGCGAGCAAGAGGGUUGGUGGGAGUUAUAACAGCCAGCCCUCUCUGAUUGGACCAGACACAGGACCUUUUUUGCACAGCCCUUAUGCUUGUGUUGGAAAACGAGGACAGUGAAAAUGCACUCAAGCAGUUGGCUAAUCACGAAAAAAAAAAAGAUUUAUUUUGAUAAGAAACAACAUGCUCUUCAAGAUUUUCUCUUUUUUCAAGAAGGAUUCUCAAAUUCCAGAGGACACCUCCCCACCCCUGCCCUGCCCUGCCCUGCCCCCUGCUCCAUUAUCCACAGUAUGAUGUGAUUUUACAUGCAUGAGAUUGCAAUGUUGCCCUCCCCUUCUAGGUUUUUAUGAUGUUAUAGUUACUUCCCCCCCCUGCAAAACCUUGUUUGCACUGACUUUUAAAGUAAAAAAAACAAAACAAAUAACCACAAUGAUGGGUUUCACAAUUGUCAUAGAAUCACAUGCUUCAAAGAGGUGACCAUGUCAUAAAUUUAUUCUCGGAAAAGGUGCCUUCCUUACCACCAUCUUCCAACAUUACUCAUUGAACUUGAUCAGGUAUCAUAUUUCCAUUUGAUUGAUCCCACACGGCAAGUUUGUCGCUAUCCAGUCUUCUGGUAGCAAUAAUGAGAGUUCCACUGCAAUACUGAGGGGAGGAAAAAAAAAAAGAAAGAAUAGUGACUAACUCAAACAGCAUAAUUCUUAUUUUUCUCCUCUUUGCUUUUUUAUUAGCUAUCGAAAUGACAUCAAGCAAGAGAUGUGUUUUUUUGAAAAUGACAGAAUUGGCAUCUUUUGUGAUGUGAUUUUUUUUGUUUGUUUAUUUUUUUUUGUGUGUGUUUAAUUUCCUCUCAUGGUCAGUUUGACCGGUGAUAUCUACCUCAUGGUUCUGAGUCUGCCGGUGUGGUUGGGUUUGCAGGUAAAGCCCUUUUUUUGCACCAGAGUGGAUGAAGCAGAACAAAAGCCACGCUCAGGAGCUGGCCAACUUGGACUUCAAGCGUUACGCCUCCUCCCACUUUCAGCAGUUUCUCUUCCAUGCUUUUGAAACUUUUUCACUUUGCCUCAUCGUUACGUAUUUGUCAUUGCGUAUUGUCUGCAUGUUUUUUUUUUUCUUUCUCAAGAAUGUGAGGUUAGUUUAGUGCUCCAUUUAGAGUAUCGGUGUCAAACUCAUCUGGCGGCCACUUGGAUUUGACAAAUUGUCUUCAUGUUUCUUAUUGAAUAGAUUUGUUCCUUUCUUUUUUGUGCGGAAACUCCCUCAAGUGCUUUUUUUUUUUUCCUCCUUCUCUUGUUACUGAUAUUCCAAGCAUUAAAAAAACAAAUCCCUUCUUACUACAGGGUUUCUCAAAAAUCAAUAUGCACUGAAAGACAUUUAAAAGGUUAGACAAGGUCAAAUUAAUGUAACCUGUGAAGGUUCUAAACCAUUUUAAGUUCAUUCGAAAAUAAUAGCUACUUUAUUCUGUACUGUAUUUGAUUUUCACUACUUUCGUGACUUGAUUUUAAAUUCAUUUAAAAUGCAACGCCCCUCAGCCCCUGAAAGUUGGUCUGUUUUUAAAGUCAUUAUAGGUCAAAGCAGUGCUGUAAGGCUCUCCAAAAGUUUUACAAUCUCAGAAUUGUUGUUUAUGGAAAAGAAAAUCAGUGAAUGGCACAUAUGCGCUUGCUUUUUGAUGCAGCCUUUGAUUCAAAACCGCAAUUAGAAGUCACGAGUAGUAAUGCUUGAUGGUUGGUGCUACAUUGGUUGUUUUGUUUUUAUAUAAAUUGGUGGCCAAAUGAGAAAUUAAGUGUAUUGUUUGCUUUGCUUUUCUCCUCAAGUAUAAAGAUGAACUCUAUGAUGCUAUAUGAAAGAAAACGUCAUAGCUAAGAAGGUCAGGCAGUACUUCUAUGGACACACAAUCGGGAAAUACUUCCGUAACUAAGCUUUUACUGCAGGUGAUUUCACAUUGUGAACGUUUAUUGCUCUGGGAUGGGGUGGGGUGGGGGUUAAAAGGGAGGGGGGAAACAAUCUUGUACAUUUGAUCCUCAUUGUUUGCCCUGUCACCCACAAACAAUAAUCAUCUCCUUGCCUUCUCUGAAAACCUUUGAAACCGUGCUAAAUAAAAGACUUCUCUUUCUCUGA